CUGCCGUCGACGCCACGACGCUCCUCACAUUAACCGAACGAAAAUAAUCGGAAAAUUCCGAACAGGACACGUACUAGCAUGAGUCGGGUGCAGGCCGAAAGCUCGUCACGUUCGGAGAGCGAUAGGAAAAAAUAAAACGCGAAAAAUGAGGUGUAGAUCUCGAUGUGCGUCUGAUGGUACCUAACGACGAUAACGACGCGCGAUAAAAACAUCGGUAAAACGGUCGCAGGAAGGUGUGAAAAGGAUACGUAUCGUGUGUUUGGGAGAGUAGACACGCACAUGUACAGAGCGUAAGGAUAAGGAUGGCGGCGGCGUCGCGUUUUCAUAGUCGCGGACGAUUGCGGUCUUGGUUGACCGACGCCUCUGGUCGCUCAGUACAGUGAAGAAACAUGGAGGUAUGCCGUUGUAUUUGUGUAUCAUUAGAUGAGCAGACAGUGAAAAGACGACCGAGGAAACGGGAAAACCAGGUUGGCCGCAGCACAAGAGGCAGCGGCUCAGCAGAAGGCAGCUCAACAGCAGGCAGCGAAAGGGAUAACGAAACGGGGGAUACGGGCGGGCGCAGCUGAUAGAAUGGGGGGCGCAAGCACGGCUGCCGGGGCGCAAGCGGGAGGACAGGGACCAACGUCCUUGUUCAUCCUGUCGGAGGAAAACAUCAUCCGCAGGUACACGCGCUUUAUAAUCGAGUGGCCUCCUUUCGAAUAUGCCGUGCUUUUGACAAUCAUAGCGAACUGCGUGGUGCUGGCGCUCGAAGAGCACUUGCCUAGCCAGGACAAGACUAUGCUAGCACUGAAACUAGAAAAAACGGAAACUUACUUUUUAGGUAUCUUUUGCGUAGAAGCGUCAUUGAAAAUACUAGCGUUAGGUUUCGUACUGCAUAGAGGAUCGUACCUAAGGAACAUUUGGAAUAUCAUGGAUUUUUUUGUUGUACUUACAGGGUUUGUGACGAUGUUUACUCUGGAUGUCGAUGCUGUGGAUCUGCGCACCUUACGCGCUAUACGAGUACUAAGACCUCUCAAGCUAGUCUCUGGUAUCCCUAGUCUGCAAGUAGUUUUAAAAUCCAUCAUCAAGGCAAUGGCCCCAUUGCUACAGAUAGGGCUACUGGUGCUAUUUGCCAUCGUUAUUUUUGCUAUUAUUGGUUUAGAAUUUUAUUCGGGUGCGUUGCACAGAACAUGCUACAGUUUAUAUGACAUAGAUGAAAUAGUAAAGGAGGGCGACAGUGAAGUUCCUUGUAAUUCGGACAACAUGACUCAGGCGCUGAAACAAGGCAGCAACUGGUGUCGUGAUGGUAAUUCUUUGUGCCUUGAAAGGUGGCAGGGUCCCAAUAAUGGCAUUACUUCCUUCGAUAACAUAGGCUUUGCUAUGCUCACCGUUUUCCAAUGCAUCACCAUGGAGGGAUGGACCGCUAUACUUUACUGGAUGAACGAUGCAGUUGGUAGUCAUUGGAACUGGAUGUAUUUUGUUCCCCUAAUAGUCCUCGGUUCUUUCUUCAUGCUUAACUUAGUACUCGGUGUAUUAAGCGGAGAGUUUUCUAACGAAAGACUUCGCGUUGAACGUAGGGCAAAGUUCCAUAAAACUCGAUCAAAAAAGCUUUUCAAUGAGUCGUUCGGAUCUUACUUGAAAUGGAUCACUCAAGCAGAGGAGGUAAUACUGGCUGAAGAGAGAACGACCGAAGAAGAGAAGAUGCACAUAAUGGAAGCUAGAAGGAGGGCAGCCAAAAAGAAGAAACUGCGGAAAAUUGGAAAAAGUAAAAGCACUGAUACGGAAGAAGAAGAACAGGAAGAAGACAUGGCAGACGAUGGUAAGUAUCAUUUAAGAUUAAUGUGUGUAGAUAUAGUUUUUCCUUAUUUAUUUUAAAUUGCACCACAUCAUGACACAAUAUAGGUAAAAAUCGUCUCGCAGAAUUCAAAAAAUUAUUAGGUGCGAAAGACAUUAUUCCCAACUUGUUUCAAUAGCAUUUUUAUACUUAUAAUAAUUAAUAUGGUACCUAUGGUAACUUUUAAUACGCUUUUUUAAAAUACCAAGGGAUUUGAGGGGUUAUUAGUCCAAAAAAAGAAAAAACUAAAUACCAUAAUUCCAUAAGGAAACUUUUAAAAACGCCAAGGCGGUCACACACCCGGUGCCAUCGUAUGCCGGACAGACAUUUUGUGCAUGUCUUGCCGCACUGUUUACCGCUUAAUUGGAGACUGUCUUUAACUGAGGAUGGCACCUUGGGUGUCGAAAUGCCUUUUAAACUUGACUUUUGAGUUAAUUGCUCAAACAAUUUCAU